CCAGCAGGACAACUCUUUAUUCUCAGGCACCACCACCCUCUCCCCAAGCCCUUUGAAGACCACUAACGCUUAAACUCCUUCCAAAGCAAGCCCACCAGGAACUUUUGCUUCUGGGAAUAGCAAUUGCUCAAAACUAUCCUGCGGCUGGAGCAGGCAACUGAGAUCCUGUUAGUGGUUUUGUUUAGUUUCUUGGCACUGGCCCUCUUCAAUUCAAGUUCUGUGCCUUUCGAAGCCAGGUCUUAGAACAGGGCUAGGCUCGCCCUGGCCGCGGAGAAAAACGGUUUAGUCACAGAUGUAGUAUCCCAAAAGAUGCCCCAUUGAUUCCUGAGUGCAGCUGAAGUUGGAGAGCCUUUACCACAUCCGACCACCUGCGGGAGACUGGGUGCGGACUGGAGCUGAUGGGUUAGAGUCAGAACAUUGGGCAUAAAGGAUGCUCACAGAACACGGUCUCAACUUAGCCAAAUACUUAUUCAGGAUGACACAGCAAAGUUUUUGGGUCAUAGCUAACAGGACCUGGAGCUUCCUGCUGCCUGAAAAGUUCCUCAGCCAAGACCUGAGCAGGCUGAGCCUGAAAGCCGGCAAACUGUGAGUAGGGGCUCACACCAAAGAAUCUAGGUUAGUGGCCGAAGGGAGAUGCUCCUUAGGUGGGUGACCAAUGGCCAACCACCAACAACCAAACAGCAGGUGUCUGCCCAACGCGAGGCUGAUCCUCAACUCCCAGGGGCUUGCCUGGGCCCCUUCCUUGGCAGGAACUGAAAGGUGACCUGACCCUACAGGGGCGGGCCAGGGCACGAGCCCGGCCAGUGGCGCAGGUGGGCGUGCCGACCAGGAGGGGAGGCGGGACCUAUAAAGCUCUCUCCAUUCCGGAGGCGGAGCGGCCGGGUGCAGCCUGUGCUGGUGGGCGCGGUGGCCCGAAGCCUUGGACUCACUGCAGGACUGUGCAGGGAACCACUGUCCAAGCAUCGGGCUAAUAGGGGGCGCCUGCCUCGGUUUACCCUUCAGCGUCUGGUGAAAUCCCGCAGCGUCUAGGGAAAGAUCCGUUCUGCUCCGCGAGGGAAACAGAGCCGUUGACCAUGGUUGCAACGGGCAGUUUGAGCAGUAAGAACACGGCCAGCAUUUCAGAGUUGCUGGACGGUGGCUCUCACCCUGGGAGUCUGCUAAGUGGUGAGUCACCGGGCUGUCCACCUCUUUCCUAUCCGAAGGUUGCAGCCCCUCUCUAGUGUAAGCGUCCCUGCUGGAGAGCGCGAGACUUCAUUUCCUCCUAGAGACAGAGAGGACUAUGAAACCCAUCUGAGAUGUCUUUCUAAACUCCUUAGCAUUGUCUGCCCACCAGAAACAAACGUAAGGAGAAUAAUGCAUUGCUCCAGUCUGCUAACAGGUUCUUGAGGAUGAAGUUCCCUAUCUCGUGGUUGGAACAGCAAGCAUAUAGCUGGCUGUGUUUUAAGACAUGCAUUUAACUUGUGUGACCGGAACCAUCAUUUUCCUCCCAAAUUCUCCAUUGCCUGUUUGCCACCUAAUCCCUCUCUUCCCCAUCUCCAGAGAGCCACCCUUCAGCGUUUUGUUACCAUGUUAGUAUGGCUUUUAGAGUAUUAAAUAAUCAGAAUAGUGUAUGUUCCCAGUUCGGUUUGCUUUCCCACAGUGUGAUAUUUUGGACUUCUAGCCUUCCCUUAUCAAUGUUCUCCUUCUCGUUACUAAGUAAGAUUCUAUUAUGAAAUGUACCCUCUAUGCCAGUCUUAAUGUCAAAGGGAAACUUUAACAGCCCUGGUUCUACACGAAUCAUCCUUUGCAACUUGAAAUGUCAACUUCCAAUUUGACAGGUUACUCUGCUGUCAAAGAGUGGGGUGAGCAUAUAUUCAGUUUCAAAAGCUCUUUGGAUCUUCUUUAUCUAUAAGAUAACUCUAAAGUUGUCUGUCUUCAGUGUGGAUAAAAUAUAGAUAAAAUGCAGAUGGGAUUUGGAAUCUACUUAUUGGAAUUAAAAAACAAAAACAAAAAACAAAAAAACAAGCAGGGCCCUAAGUGAGCACAUGAAAUGGAAAGCCAAGCCAAUAGACCCGGGAAGAAGCUCUGUGGCCUCAGUGUGGUGUGGCACCCUGCCAAGUAGUAGGGUUAAUUUGGAAGGUAGGUGACCAAAGGCAGGGCUAUCUUUUUUCCUCUGAGUAAACCUAACUUUGUUUUCCCUGGUCUGUUUUGUUUUGCUCGGCUAAGAAAAUCCUAGCCAGCCCAGUUAUAAAUAACCUCGUGAACCUCAAAAGUCCUCCCCUCUGUGAGCGAUCUUGAAUCCAACAGGUCAAAGCUAAAAUUGGACCUCUGGGCCAUUCUAGUAAAGGCUUCUAAAGAAAAAUGAAAAGCUGGUAGAUCAUUAGGACUGUGGCAGGCUUACUUUAAAGCCCUUGAAAUCAUUCUGCACACCAGCAGUCCCCUCGUGAAGCAGUAGUAAUGAUUUCUAUUCCAGAUGUUCUGCAUGUCAGGGUCUCUGUGGAAAUACUAAAAUAAACUUGGAAAACCCCACAGAGAGAGCAAGGGAGAAAGGAAAUCACAAGGAAUCCUGGAUGAGCAUGGGUAGAGUCACAUCACCCUCAAGACUGUGGGUAGACAAGAAAAUCUAAAGAAGGGUUGAUUAACCUAUUCACUUUGUUUCUCAGUCUUUGGGGCAUGGGUGAGCUUUCAGACCUGAAAGGUUAAAGGGCUUCUAUUCCUUACAUGGUUAAUAGCAAAUUGAGAUGAGCUUAAAGCAGGAUCGAAAGAAGUUAGAUACAGAAGCUAGAAGUGACUGGACCUACAAUGUUGUAAUGACCUUGCAGACCUUGCUUCUCUGUUCUCAAAAGCUUUCGUUUCUUUCAGAUUUCGACUACUGGGAUUAUGUCGUCCCCGAGCCCAACCUCAACGAGGUGGUGUUUGAAGAGACAACAUGCCAGAAUUUGGUUAAAAUGUUGGAGAACUGUCUGUCCAAGUCAAAGCAAACCAAACUCGGUUGCUCUAAGGUCCUGGUUCCUGAGAAACUGACCCAGAGAAUUGCCCAAGAUGUCCUGCGGCUCUCAUCCACAGAGCCCUGCGGCCUUCGGGGCUGUGUUAUGCACGUGAACUUGGAAAUUGAAAAUGUGUGUAAAAAGCUGGAUAGGAUUGUGUGUGAUGCUAGUGUGGUGCCGACCUUUGAGCUCACGCUGGUGUUCAAGCAGGAGAGCUGCUCCUGGACCAGCCUCAAGGACUUCUUCUUUAGCGGAGGUCGCUUCUCGUCGGGCCUUAGGCGAACUCUGAUCCUCAGCUCGGGAUUUCGACUUGUUAAGAAAAAACUGUACUCUCUGAUUGGAACGACAGUCAUUGAGGAGUGCUGAGGAGGAAAAAACAAUUAAAGGUCCCUAAUGAGUGGCUAAUAAACCUCUGGAGCUAUCCA